AUGGAAAACGUAAAUGAAAAACCAUGUUAUAUUCUAAAUAUUCCAAAUGAACUACAAUUAAUGAUUUUUGAUAAAAUGGAACCGGCGGAUAAGUAAGUUUUUGUUUUAUAAAAUUAUUUGAAUACAAUGUUUUCUUUAGAAUUUCUUAUGGAAAAACUUCGCGGAAAUGUCGUGCAAUUUGGAAAGAAUCGAAUAGUUUAUUCGAUGGAAUUGCUUGGAAAUAUUCUUACACUCUUGGUAGGUUUGCAACAUUUUUUUGACAUGAAAAAUCACAUUGAAGCGGCCAACUGUGGGCCAAUUUUUAAUUUUUCCCUCCAAUUUCAGCGUACAAAAAACAUGUUCUAUCAUUUAAUGAAUCAUAUCCAUUUGUUGGAAAUGGCCAAUUCGUUGAAUAUUUUCCAAAUUACUUAGAAUUGUGAGUUUUUUUUGCAUUCAAAAACCAAGGUUGUGGAUUUUGCAGCGGCUCAAACGAUACAAACUUCAGACAACGCAAAGAAUGUGAAAACGGUUUUGAAAUGGCGGAAGAAAAGUUUGUGAAAACCCUCGAAAAAUAUCAGAAUACUGUGAAAAGUAUCACAAUUGAUGGAGAAUGUUUAGCUACGUUGAAAAAUGUGACAAGUUUUCCCAAUUUGCGAUAUUUGGUGUUCAAUGAUGCUUUUGAUAUUAUGAAAGAAAUUUUAUUGAAAUCCGAAGAUUCGUUGGAGUAUUUGAAGAUUUACCGACAGGGUUAUCCAUAUUGCGACAGGGCUGUCAAUUUUGCAAAUUGUCCUCAGAUUUAUCGAGUUUCCGAAUAUUUAUCGAUAAAUGUUGGGUUGACUCGUGAACAACUUUUAAAAUUAUCAGCGAAAAAUAUUCGAAUGCCGAUGAGAGAUUUGGAACCCGAAGAUAUUUUUGAAUUUAUCAAAUCUUGGCAAAAUGGAACAAAGGGGAAUCUAGAGAGUUGUGAAUGGUAUUUUUAUAUUUUUAAUGCUCGAAAAUUUUUUGGAUUUUUUAAUAUUCCAAUAAUCAAUCGUUAGUGAGUUAUCAAAAAUCAUGUGGAACAUUUUGAAUAAUUCGUUUUUCUUCUUCUAGCAAACGAAUCACAAUUCGAGGAAUCGCAGGAACAACAGCAGAAAUAAUAUUUAGAAAGAGAAAAGCAUUGGAAUUUCGAGUUAUUGAAAAUGCAGAGAUUAUUGAUUCGGAUGGUGAAGGAAGAACUGAUUCGCAUAUGGAUUAUAGAGAUUAUCUCUAUUCGUCUGAUUGUGAGUUCACUAUGGAAACUCCGGCAAAAUAUUUUUUUCCAGCUAGUGAUUACGACUCAUCUAGUGAUUCCGAUUCAGGGGAGACAGAUUCUGAAUAA